AGCUGUUGCAGAUUGUGGGUUCGCACGCUCCUGCUCCUGACUCACCGCUGUUCGCUCUUGGGGAGGAACAAGUCAGUCAGGAAGCCGCGCAGCAGCUAUGGCUUUUAAGGAUACAGGAGGAAAAACUCCCAUGGAGCUGGAGGUGGCAAUUCACCGAAUUCAAAUCACUCUAAUGAACCGCAACGUAAAAUCCCUGGAGAAAGUGUGUGCUGACUUGAUCAGAGGAGCAAAGGAAAAGAAUCUCAAAGUGAAAGGACCCGUUCGGAUGCCCACCAAGACUUUGAGAAUCACAAGAAAAACACCUUGUGGUGAAGGUUCUAAGACAUGGGAUCAUUUCCAGAUGAGAAUCCACAGGCGACUCAUUGACUUGCAUAGUCCUUCUGAGAUUGUUUAGCAGAUUACUUUCAUCAGUAUUGAGCCAGGAGUUGAGGUGGAAGUCACCAUUACAGAUGCUUAAGUCAGCUAUUUAAAUAAAUUGAUUACCAGUUGUUAAAAAAAAAAA